AUGAACAAUGAUAUAUUUUUACAUUGCAACGCGUGUUUUGCCUAUUCGACCUCUUUUUCCAAAAAUAAAGAAAUAAGAUUUUCGUUAACCCAAUGUGGACGAGUAAUUUGUAAUUCUUGUGUCAAUAGACACGGUAAUGAUGGUAAUAAACAAAAUGGCGUUGGUAAGGGAAUCAAGGUCGAAGAAGGUAAAUCUUCCUCGAGACUUAAUGCAAAUAUUUGUUUAUUUUGCAAUGAAAAUUGCGCAAUUGUUGAAUGUAAUAAGGAUUUUCAGCAAUCCAAUACUAAAUCAAUCAUCAAUCAUUUGAAAUAUAAAGUGGCACAACAAGAAACUAUGCUUGAUAAAGCAAAUAACGAGAAAAGGGAAUUGGAAAGUCAAUUGAUCAAUCUUGCAAAUGAGAAUGUCCAAUUAAAAAAUCUGUUAAGUAUGAAUGAAAAUGCUAAUCAAUCUUCAAAUCGAUCAGAUGGAAACAGAACACCAAAACCAAAUCUAGGAGAACAUCAUCUUCCAGUUAUUAAUCAUAAUGAUGAUAUCGAUGUCAUAAAUGAGAGUGAUGAUGGAGGUUUGGUAUUAAGGCCUCGAAAAAAAAAGCCACCACAGAAAUCAUCACGAAAAUCACCACCACGAAAAUUACCACCACGAAAAUCACCGCCACGAAAAUCACCACCAUCACGACCGAUUACCAAACCUGUAACAAUGACUGAAAAUCAUCAAUCGAACAAUUACGACCCUAACUACGAUUACCUUUCAUAUUUUAAUACUCCAAGAUCAUCUUAUCCAACACCUAUCCAGGAACAACAAAAACAACAGGAACAGCAACCAAUUGAACAAAAUCAACAACAAAAUCGGCAAACAAAUCAGCAAAAAAUUAAUAAUAAGAUCAAUCAUAAUAAAUAA